UCGCACGAAAGAUGAAAUGAUUACGGCGGGAGUGAUGGAGGCAAACAGCAACUCGGAAGAGAUGGAAAGCCAGAGAAAAAGUUCGGAACUUUGAAGAGCUUUUGAGCCGCUGGUCCCUCCUCUCCAACUGUCACACCAUGCGACUUCCUCAGUCCUAAGUUUCUCUCUCUUGUCCUUGAAACGUUACGGGCCAAGAAUCAUUCGAGGAUGGGAAAACGAUAGUGUUCAUUGAAUAACAAUCUUUCUUGAAUUAUUACACUACUAGCAACACCAACGACGCCGACACCAACUUGUUAAAAUAACGUCAAGAUUCUGCGGCUUUGAGCAGAAGUUGGUGGCAUGUCGGAGAAAUUAUUUGUUCUUUCUUUAGUUCAUCGUCUGCAGCAACAAACCAGCCUCGUACGCUCAAUGUAUUUUGUCCGGUAUGUUCUUUAUGAGAUGUUGUUUUUCUUUACAUGGUUUUGAUCCAAUCUGAGCUGAUCCAAGCUAUGACGUUAACAUUGUCAGUCCAUUGGGAAUUCUUUCUUUUUCUUACCCCCCGUCGGCUUGACCAGAUCUCUUCUCGUCAAAGCUGUAAAGUAACCACGUUUUUUCGGAGUCUGCUCAUAAGUUAAUCGACUUUUGGUUGUUCGAGGAGUUGGAGAUUCAUGGGAAAUUGAGAAGUGGGCGCUUGGAUUCGGUUCUGAGUGUUUUCACUGUAGCGGAAGUUUGGAUCUUGCCUGGAGAAUUGUUGGUUGGACCGAGAAAGUGAAGAUUUUUUGCGCAGUGAUUGGCCCAAGGUUCAAAGCGGCUUCACGAGUUGGUUUUUCAGUGAUUUCGUUCAUUGGAGAUUGGAGAUUUUUUUUUUCUCUUCUUUUUCCAAUGUUCGUGGUUUAAAGAGCUGAUCGAUGGGAGAUAAAUACUGGGUUUAAGGCAUUGGAAGCUGGGUUUUUGCUACAUCAUUGAUUUUGUUUCUGCUUCACUGACCCUGAGUUGACUCUGAAGCUUGAAGCUUCUUAGCUGGGUAGCCAAGAUCCGCGUUUUAAUUUUUGACUUGGAGAUGGGGUGUCAGUUCUCCAAAUUGGCACCAUGUUGCUGGGAGUCACAAUUCAAGCGAUCGGUCCUCGAAAUUGCUGAUGUUGAGAAAGAUGAGUUGGCUGAACCUAAGUCCUUGCCUGCAUUCCGAGAGUUCACGUUCGAGCAGCUUAAGAAGGCAACGUCAGGUUUUGCAGUGGAGAAUAUUGUGUCGGAGCAUGGAGAGAAGGCUCCCAAUGUCGUCUACAAAGGAAAGCUAGAGGACCAGAAGCGAAUUGCAGUCAAGCGAUUCAAUAGAAAUGCUUGGCCUGAUUCCCAGCAAUUUUUGGAGGAGGCAAAGUCAGUUGGUCAGCUGCGAAAUAACAGAUUGGCAAAUUUGCUGGGUUGUUGCUCUGCAGAUGACGAGAGGUUGCUUGUUGGAGAAUACAUGCCCAACGAAACGCUUGCAAAGCACUUAUUUCAUUGGGAUUUGCAACCCAUGAAAUGGCCUAUGAGAACGAGGGUUGUCCUUCAUAUUGCACAAGCGCUGGAAUACUGCACAAGCAAAGGGCGCGCCCUUUAUCAUGAUCUUAAUGCAUAUAGAAUACUGUUUGAUGAGGAUGGUAAUCCUAGACUUUCAACCUUUGGCCUCAUGAAAAAUAGUAGGGAUGGCAAGAAUUAUAGCACAAAUUCGGCAUUUACACCUCCAGAGUACCUGAGAACGGGCAGCGUGACGCCAGAAAGCGUUAUAUAUAGCUUUGGUACUCUUCUGCUUGACCUUCUAAGUGGAAAACAUAUACCCCCGAGUCAUGCCCUCGACUUAAUAAGGGAUCGGAAUCUGCAGACGUUGAUAGAUUCUUGCUUGGAAGGACAGUUUUCUGAUGACGAUGGGACGGAGUUGGUACGCUUGGCUUCCCGAUGUUUACAAUAUGAACCUCGAGAACGUCCAAACCCAAAGUCCUUGGUUGCUGCAUUAACUCCAUUGCAGAAGGAGGUUGAGGUUGCUUCUCACGUACUUAUGGGGAUCCCCCACAGAGCUUCUUUAUCUCCUCUAUCGCCUUUUGGUGAGGCUUGUUCAAGAAAGGACUCGACUGCAAUGCACGAAAUCUUAGAAAAUCUCGGAUAUAAAGAUGAUGAAGGAUUAACAAAUGAGCUGUCUUUUCAGAUGUGGACAGACCAAAUGCAGGAUACAUUGAACUUGAAGAAAAAGGGCGAUCUUGCUUUCCGGCAGAAAGAUUUCACAGCAGCAGUUGAUAGCUACACACAGUUCAUCGACGCGGGAACCAUGAUUUCUCCAACGGUUUUUGCACGCCGCAGUCUGUCUUACCUAAUGAAUGACAUGGCUCAGGAAGCUCUGAACGAUGCAAUGCAAGCCCAAGUCGUUUCCCCGGUGUGGCACAUUGCGUCAUACCUUCAGGCUGCGGCCCUCAUAGUGCUAGGGAUGGAGGCUGAAGCGCAGGUCACACUUAAGGAAGGCGCAGCUCUGGAAGCUAAGCGGAGUACAAACACGGGCCAAAAAUGAAAUACAACUCUGCAGUACAAACUGGACACUGCUGUUUGCUUGGAUGAACGAUGUUUUAUGGGAGCACGCGACGACUGAAGCAUUCUCAAUGUCCUCGUCUUGAUGCUACAGUUUGUCCAUUCUCCCCAUGCAGAGAAGUGUCUUAGUCAUGCCAUUUGGUUCAAUCUACUCGGACAUUUGUAUAGGCUACAUCCAUGUUCUUUUGUUUCCCAGUGUCCUUUUGUGUUUUUUUAUUUUUUCUGUCGAUUACGGAUGAGAGAGAAGGCUAUUUAUCUGGAGGAAAGGUUUGCAAGCUUACAUUCUCUGUAUAGAGACAGUUUCUAUCCUGAUUUGGAAAUUCAAGUUGAGCCAGAGACAGACAGAGAGGUCUCCUUUCUGUUUCGGUCAAUUUUUUCUUU